GCUCCGUCAUUUCCGUACGGAUGACACUGCUCCGCGCUCCAGCGCCCCCGACCUGGAGCGGCGCCCCGAGCCCGGCCGCCUAUAAAGUGUUGUGUCCUGACCCUUGGAAGACACUCCAAUAUGGACUCCUCUCGGGCUGUUCGAGCGUUCGCGGCCGCGGCCUUGCCCCUGCUGUGCGUCCUCGGCGCCGCGCUCGCGGACACCGACAAGGCCAAGAGCAUCUCCGAUGCGCUGGCGGACGCGGACCGCUACGCGGGCGGCUACAACGACGCGUACGUCGCCAACGCCUGGGAGCGGGCCGUCGACGGCUGGGUGCGCGGCGGGUACACGCUCGUCUCCGGCGACGUGCACACGGACGUGCGCUACGUCGUGGACCCCAGCGGCGAGAUGCGCGUCAUGGCCCGCCGACCGGGGGCGACGGUGCCCGCGGCGGCGCAGCAGGCCGCCGACGCGUCCAGGGUGUCGUCCGCCACCACGACCACGACGGUGCACCACCAGCUGGGCAGGCCGCUGCUCGGCGGCUACCGGCCGCCUUUCUACCAGAGGCUCAUCCGCCUGGGCAGCCUCCACGACGUCGACGACGAGCCCUUUGAUGACGUCGACCUGGAUCUGGACGACGACCCUGUUGACGACGACGAUCCCUUCUUCUUCGACGUCGUCCCGGACAACUGGAACGACGCUCGUCCCGUGGACGAAUGGGUUCGUCUGGUUCAGGACGGCGGCAUGCGCCGAGGACCUGACGUCGCCCACGGUCGGCGCUACUUCAUCCCGCCGCAAGCCCCUAGUGGGCCCGAGGCGCCACCGACGUACCCCCCAUCCAGCACGCCUGCUGCCGAGGCGGAGGCGAUCACGACGGCGGGGCCCGUCGAGGACGCGGUGGGCGCCGCGAGCUUCCAGUCGGGACACUACAACGUAGUGCUCAGGACUUCCAAGGCGUGAACGCACUCCAACUUCGUGCCCUCCCACCCCCCCAUCCCCGUGCCAUCGUGCCAUCCUGGGGCGCCGACCUAGUGCUCAGUGCGCCGCGGAAACUGAUUGAAAGUAGAUGUUCCAAAAACAAACACACUCAUAAUGAAAUAAAUGAAAGCGCUUUAAUUUAUGAUAAAUACUUUAUUACUACCUAAUAUAUCACACCGGGACUUAUGUACAACGGAAUGGGACAAGCCACAACUGAACAGCCCCAAAAUACUAUGCCGAUCCUCUCUGAAAUCUUUACGACGUAUUCAGAUCAGGCAAUUAUCGAAGUGGUGGCCCCCUCAAAACAACGAUACAACAAAGACUUUGAGAACUAUAACUACUGUACAAGAUUUCCACCAAUAUUUAGUGUCCUCCUUUUUUUUUUGAAAAUGUUUUGCCAAAAUAGCGUAAUCAGACGUCGCAGCGCAUCCUGGUGACGCGGACUCUCCUUUUGUUAUUCUUUCUUAUCGGGCGCGCCAAUCUUGACCGUGGUGGUGUGCGAUGCUGCGCAGUGGCUCGUUGCCGAAGCACGAGCCGCGAGUGACUAGGCGAUGCCG